UUAUUUAUGCCCUUUAUGCGUAUAUUCCAAAACAUAUUUGAAAAAGAAAACCUAUUUAUAGAAAUCGGCAAAUCCAACGGCUCUAAUGAAACUCAGAAUGUUGGAUCCCUAUUGGCCCAAAAAUCCAAACAAGAAGACAAAAAAAAACCUUUUCGUCUAAUUACAAAUCUGCCCCUAGACACCGCUUCCAAUCUAGGCUCCAAAUUAGCGUUUGUUUUCUUUAAUUUUUCUUUUCUUUUUUUUUUUUUUUUGUCUUUGCUUUUCUUUUCGUUUUACAACGACGACCUUUGGUUCAAAAAACAAAUUCCUAUCUCUCUCUUCCUGUAUUCAAAUAAUCGCCGAUUUUCAUCAGAUGUUGUCAGGAGUAAUACAAGUGGUGCAAUUGGAAUUGUGAGUGAAGUUGCCGGUGACUCAGAUUCAGAUGGAAGCAUUACUGAUGAUGAAGAUGAAGAUGAAGAAGAGGAUGGUGAAGAUGAAAGUGGUGAUUUUGAUGCCGAUAGCAAUGCUAAUGAGAGUGGUGAUGGGAGCAAAGGUGAUCAUGAUUAUAAGUGUGGUGAUCUUCAAGCUGAUCAAAUUCGGGUACUCUGGAUGGAUGACACUGAGCCAGUUCAAAGUAUUAAGAAUGUAACUGUUGUUGAUCGGGGUUUCUUACACGGCGAUUAUGUUGCUGCUGCUUCAGACUCAACGGGGCAGGUGGGUGUUGUGGUGGAUGUCAAUAUCUCUGUUGAUCUGUUAGCUCCUGAUGGAUCUAUUAUAAAAGAUGUCUCUUCUAGAGACUUGCAACGUGUGAGGGAUUUCACUGUGGGUGAUUAUGUGGUCCUUGGUCCCUGGCUAGGUAGAAUAGAUGAUGUUCUAGAUAAUGUCAAUGUGUUGUUUGAUGAUGGCUCUGUGUGCAAAGUUACGAGGGCUGAACCAUUGCGUCUCAAACCAAGUACUAGGAAUACCCUUGAAGAUGAUAGUAAUUUCCCUUACUAUCCUGGUCAGCGUGUUAGGGCAAGUUCUUCAUCUGUUUUCAAGAAUUCUAGGUGGUUAUCUGGCUUAUGGAAGGCAAAUCGGUUGGAAGGUACAGUCACUAAAGUUACAGCUGGAUCAGUGUUUAUUUAUUGGAUAGCAUCUGCUGGCUACGGGCCUGAUUCUUCCACUGCCCCUGCUGAAGAGCAGAAUCCAAAGAAUCUAAAACUGUUGUCUUGUUUUACACAUGCGAAUUGGCAAGUGGGUGAUUGGUGUCUUCUUCCAACUUCAUUGCUAUCCAUUCAUUUGGACAAGGAUUUGUCUAAAUCGCAACUUCAUGGUUCCAUGAUAAAUGGGGGAAAUUGUGAUAAGUUGGAUGGUGAAUGUGACUCAGAAGAGGUUACUCUGGAGGAAUCAAAUGAUAAUAGUGAAUCCAUGGAUCUUGAUGCAAUGCUUACACCUGGUGAAGACAAUGCAAUUAUUGAAACUAAAGACAAUGGAGUUAUUGAAACUAAAGCCUUACCUGAAUCUAGCUCUUGUAGCAGUUCAUUAUCAGUUUCAAAGGAGACUGUCCAUGAGCAUUGGCCACUUCACCGCAAGAAGAUCCGAAAAGUUGUGACUAGGAAAGACAAGAAAGCAAAAAAGAAAGUGGAUAAUUUUGAAAGGGCACUUUUAAUUGCCAAUAGUAGAACAAGAGUUGAUGUUGCAUGGCAGGAUGGAACAGUGGAACGCGGAGUGGAUGCAACAACGUUGGUCCCAAUUGAAACUCCUGGUGAUCAUGAAUUUGUUGCAGAGCAGUAUGUGGUAGAGAAGGCCUCCAAUGAUGGUGAUGAUGGAUAUGAACCCAGGCGUGUUGGAGUUGUCAAAAGUGUUUAUGCAAAGGAGCGGACAGCUUGUGUGAAGUGGUUAAAGCCAGUUUGCAGGGCAGAGGACCCUCGGGAGUUUGACAGGGAGGAAAUUGUAAGUGUGUAUGAGCUGGAAGGACAUCCAGAUUAUGAUUACUGUUAUGGUGAUGUAGUAGUUCGAUUACCCCAAGCUUCUGUUCCCGUGCAAUCUGCUUCUGGCAAAGGCUCCAUUGAAGAACCCAAGCUGGGAGAUGGAUCAAAGGAAGUAAAACAAGGCUCUAAAAAGUGCUCAGGAAGUAACAAGGCAAAAGGUGUAUCGCUGAAUGAAACUUCCAUUGACUUCACAGAUCUCUCAUGGGUCGGUAACAUAACUGGCCUGAGAAAUGGUGAUAUUGAGGUUACAUGGGCUGAUGGGAUGGUCUCAACGGUUGGACCUCAAGCAAUUUACGUUGUUGGUCGAGACGAUGAUGAGUCAGUUGCUGCUGGGAGUGAAGUAAGUGAUGAUGCUGCUAGUUGGGAAACUGUUAAUGAUGAUGAGAUGGAUGCUCUUGAGAAUGCUCAAGAGGAUCUGGAGCCACAAAAUGCCAGCAGCUUUAUUUCAGAACUAGAAGAGGGUAUGGAGAAUAAUUCUGGAAGGAAUGCAGCAUUAUCUCUCCCCUUAGCUGCAUUUGAUUUUGUCACCAGACUAGCCAGUGGAUUGUUUUCAGGAAGACGAAAAAAUGUUGAUCCAAUUGGUUUGGAUUCCAAAGGAGAAAAUGAACAUCAGCCCAAGGGAAGAGAUUCCAGCUAUGUGUCUAGCUCGCAGAAGUCUAAUGGUCUCGAUAAUUUCAGUGGGGAAAGUGUUCAUGGAAAGAGUGAGGAACAUGUUGAAGCAAAGGCCCAGAAACAUUCACUUUCAGUAGAAAGUUUAUGCAACUUGAGGAUUGAAGACUCAGAUUCUAAAACAGUUGAUGAGGAUGGUGCUUGCAGUUUCAAGCGGUUUGAUACAGCUAAAGAUCCUCUAGAUCAUUAUUUUCUUGGCGCGAAUGGACAGAAUAAUACUGGAAGGAAGUGGCUAAAGAAGGUUCAGCAAGAUUGGAACAUCCUUCAGAACAACCUGCCAGAUGGAAUCUACGUGAGAGUAUAUGAGGACCAGAUGGACCUCUUGAGGGCUGUAAUAGUUGGGGCAUAUGGGACACCGUAUCAAGAUGGUCUCUUCUUCUUUGAUUUUCACCUUCCUCCUGAGUAUCCAGACGUGCCACCGUCAGCAUACUAUCAUUCAGGUGGUUGGAGGAUAAAUCCUAAUUUGUACGAGGAAGGCAAGGUGUGCCUUAGCCUUCUUAACACAUGGACCGGCAGGGGAAACGAAGUAUGGGAUCCAUCCUCCUCAAGCAUCCUACAAGUCCUAGUUUCAUUGCAGGGGUUAGUGCUAAAUGCUAAGCCAUAUUUCAAUGAAGCUGGGUAUGAUAAGCAAGUUGGGACCGCUGAAGGAGAGAAAAAUUCGUUAGCAUACAAUGAGAAUACUUUCUUACUGAACUGCAAGUCAAUGAUGUAUCUCAUGCGGAAGCCCCCAAAGGAUUUUGAAGAACUUGUCAGAGACCAUUUCAGGAGACGUGGUUAUUACAUCCUUAAAGCCUGUGAUGCAUACAUGAAGGGCUACUUAAUUGGCUCUCUAACUAAAGAUGCCUCUUUUAGUGAUGAGAACAAUGCAAACUCCACUUCAGUUGGUUUCAAGCUGAUGUUAGGCAAGAUUGUGCCGAAGCUUUUAUUAGCACUUAAUGAAGUUGGAGCUGAUUGUCAGGAAUUUAAGCAUCUCCAGCAGUCAUAAUGGUGGGUUCUAAAGCCAAACUGAACGUUGCCAUCAAAGCGACAAGGUCAGUGCCGAUAUGUCCAAAUUCCAGAUAUUUUUCAAUGUAAAGGCUCUAUCAUGCUCUGUCUGUUAUAGGACUUGGUGAAACAUUCUUCUGUCUUGUUUGGAGCCUUAUAAAUUUUAGGAGGUGCAGUUCCUUGGAGCAAACCGCAAGGUUCCUUUUCUGUCAUUUGGAAAUUCUUUUUAACUAACUUAGAAGAUUCAAAAUGUGUGCUGAUUUUUCUCCUUUUACUUCAAUUCUUCUUGGUGAAUUUUCCUUCUAACAUUUUGGUUCACAGAUUUCUUUUUUCUUUUUUUUUUCUUUGAGAAUUUCACAGAUUUCUAUUAGUACCCUAAGAAAUAGGAAUGGGAAGACAGUUAGGGUUUUGGAUUGACUGUUGACUUCCAAUGAUAAAUUGAUUUAAAUUGAAGAAAGAGUGUCUUACAACUCAAGUUUCAUUGUAUGUUAAUGAAUAUUGUGGCAAGUUGAUUGCUUUAUCUGAAUCAGAUUUCUUUUACUCUAUUUCUUGUUCUGAUAGAUAGGAUGGGAAAUGUUAUUUCAAUUUCUGCUUCCUUUGAACUUCGAUUCUCCAUUUUAUCUAACCAAGUUAGUCCUCUCGAAACCCGUGAGCCUGAGAGCUUUCACGUAGGAUUUUUCCCCGCAUGCUGGUGAUAAGAUUCAAGGGCUAUGCCACUCAAAAUCAUAGCAUUGAUAAUUCACUCGUUCUAACUUGCUAUUGUUUGCAAUCGGAAUGGCAGACUCUUUACACUACAAAACGUGUUCGAUACGUACCAGUUCGUAAAAGCAACCUUAUCGAAACCAGUCCCUGUUUUGAGCUCUUAUUUAGUUUAAUACUUGCAUGCUUUUUAGCAACCUAAUGCUAUAACAAGUCUACCUGAUACUUGAAGAAUACCUGUGGACAGUAGAGUGGGUUUUUCAUUUGAACUACAAGAAAGGCACCAACACACCGGAAAAAUUACUGAGAUCAAAGGUGACCAUGGCUAAAACGUAUAUUUACUUUCAAAGCUUUUUUAUAAGCAUUUUACAUUUCUUCACGAUAAGGUUAGUCAGUGUAUGGGCUGCUUUUAAGCAUUAAAAUGCUUGAAUUGGUUGUCACCAUUGAAAUAAAAUAAAAUAACUAAUUA